UGAAGUUUCUUGAUUGAAGAUUGCAAUAAGCCUCUGCAUUGCUUUAUUGGAAUGCUAAUAAUAAUAAUGAUAAUAAUAAUAAUAAUAAUAAUAAUAAUAAUAAUAAUAAUACAGCUAUAAUGCUGCUAAGUCAACAAUGUAAGCUUCUGGUGUACCAAAGGACAUUCUGCAGAAAAUCACUGAUAAAAAGUUGGCCAUAGGUUAUUUAUCCUCUGAAAGCAAUGCUAGAACAUUCUGCUGAAAGUUACUGAUAAAAAGUUGGCCAUAGGUUUCCCUGCCCUUCUCUCUCAUUUCUUCAGGGUACUUAAGCACUCCCCUCCUAUUGUGCCAACAGAAGACAUUUUACAAAGCUACAGUUCCCAGCAUCUUUAACAAAUCUCAGUUCCCAGGAUUCUUUGGGGAAUGCCAUGCACAUCAAAUGUGUUUUACAUGUGCUGGCAAAGUGAACACAGCCAGAGGCAGUUUCGGAUCUUAUUCAUACGGUCCUUUCUUUCCUUACAUCCUUUGCGUGUUCUUCUGGCGCUUGGAACACCCUUCAGCCCAUCAGAAGACAGCUAUUAUUUAUCAUGUGAAAGCAAUGUUGAUAAGUCAACAGGGAAACAGCUGGUUUACCAAAUGACAUUCUGAUGAAGUUUACUGAUAAAAAGUAGGUCAUAGUUUUUCCCACCCUUCUAUCUCAUUUGUUCAGGGCAUUUGCUUAGACACUCCCCUCCUAUCAUGCCAACAGAAGACAUUUCAUUGGAAACACGAACUUCAUUUUUCUCACUCGAGUUUUUCCUUUCACCACAAGAGUGUUGUUCAGUUUCAUCCUGGAGCAAAGAACUGAGCAAGCACAGAAGCAGAAAAUGGCACUUAGCAAAGACCGUGGCAUUACAAUGAAUGAUGGAAACAAAAUCCCCAUACUGGGGUUUGGAACCUAUUCCCCGGACGCUGUUCAAAAAAGUAAGUGUGAGGAGGCUACAAAGAUAGCAAUAGAAGUCGGCUUCCGUCAUAUUGAUGGCGCAUAUGUAUACGAGACCGAGGAGCAAGUUGGGCGGGCCAUUCGUGCGAAGAUUUCAGAUGGAACAGUAAAAAGGGAAGACAUUUUCUACACUGGAAAACUCUGGAGUACCUUCCACCGCCCUGAGCUGGUUCGGAAAUGCUUGGAAGAAUCGCUGAAGAAACUCCAGUUUGACUACAUGGAUCUGUUCAUAAUUCACAAUCCGUAUUCUUUGAAGCCUGGAACAGAUUUAUUUCCCUUUGGAGAAGACAAAAAAUUUAUUAUUGACAACGUAGAUCUUCGGCAGACAUGGGAGGCAAUGGAGGCGUGCAAAGAUGCUGGCUUGGUGAGGUCCAUUGGAGUGUCUAACUUCACCCGUAAGCAGCUGGAAAUGAUCCUGAACAAGCCAGGACUGAAAUACAAGCCAGUGAUAAAUCAGGUUGAAUGCCAUCCUUAUCGGAACCAAAGCAAGCUGCUGGCCUUCUGCAAGACAAACAAUAUCAUCCUGGAAGGAUAUAGUGUCCUAGGAUCCCAAAGGGACCCAAACUGGAUAGAUACAAACACUCCUGUCCUGCUUGAAGACCCUUUGUUGGUUGCGAUCGCCAAGAAGUACAACAAAAGCCCAGCUCUCGUGGCUAUUCGCUACCAACUGCAGCGCGGCCUGGUGGUCCUGGUGAAGACCUACACCAGAAAACGAAUUGAGGAAAAUGCCCAGGCAUUUACUUUCCAGCUGUCUGAGGAGGAUAUGAAAUCCAUUGAUGGCCUUCACAAAAACAUGAGCUUCAUAAAAGCGGAAAUAUUUUCUGGUCACCCACAGUAUUACCCACCAGAUGAGGAGUGAGGACUCGUCUCCCAUCUCCAAUUUAUCUCCUUCUGAACUGGGUUCUUUCUCAUGGAAAACAUUUCUUCUCACUAGGGAUGGGAAAAUCUGUCAGUAUCAGUUCCUCCCAACAACCCACCACCUCAUUUUCCACUCUUCAAUUCCUCACAUCUCCACAUCAGUUUGGGACUUUUAAAAAUCUCAUGAAAAUUCAUCAGUGCAAAUUUCUCCUACCACACACUUUUUUCUUUGCACUUUUGGCUAAAAUAAAGCAUGAUAUCAUUGUGUUUUCACAGAUAUAUGCUCUUUAAUGCAUACUUUACCCCAGUAUAUGCAUUUUUGCAAUUAUUCUGUAGCUGAACAACUGUACCACGAAAUUCAGAGAAUUGCCACUUUCUCACGAUAACUGCAUUUCGAUUUGCAUAUUGGUCCAAGAAUGUGAGCUGUGUAGUUUCUCAUUAAAAUGUGGACAAAA